GGGACUGGAAGUUUCGAGAAGACCCAGCAGCCAACAGUUAGGUUACUUCAGGCAACGUGCUCGCCGAGUCGCCGGUCGAUACUCUAUCAUUUUACUGAUAAAUCAUCCAUUAAUUAAUUAACAGAGAUGGCAGCCGCAGUCGCUAAAAGGGUUAUCCCACUGUUGGAUAGGGUGUUGAUUCAGAGGGCUGAGGCUAUUAGUAAAACUAAAGGGGGAAUUAUCAUUCCUGAGAAGGCUCAGGCCAAAGUACUGAGGGGAACAGUCGUGGCCGUUGGACCUGGCUCCAGAAACGAGAGUGGACAACACGUGCCCCUCACUGUAAAAGUUGGAGACACUGUCCUCCUCCCCGAGUACGGUGGCACCAAGGUCAACCUCGAGGACGAGAAGGAAUUCCAUCUCUUCCGUGAAUCCGACAUUCUCGCAAAGCUCGAGGGCUAACUCCCCCUAAUCUAAUGAUAGGAUGACAUUUCAAUUACGAAAACCGAACACAAUUUAACUCUUAAUUAAUGAAAAAUUUAUUGAACCCCAGAAAUUGCCAGUUUCUCAAUGCUUUUGAGAUCACAAAAAAAUGACGAGGGUUAAUUGAAUUCAAAAAAUGAUAAAAAGCCACAUUAUGUUCUUCGUUUCUAAGUCCGUUAGAUUUUAGAAUAGAUUCCAUUGUUUCAUACAUAUUUCUAAAUAAUAAAAAGGUUAAUCCGUAAUGAAUCGACGAUACAUUCAUUGACAAUUCCACUUCAAUUGAUUUAUUUUAUGAAAUAAAAAUACAGAUACGUUCA